AUGUCCAAGAUCGACAAGCUACAGAUCCGCGGGAUUCGGUCCUUCGACGCCCGCAAUCCCAUGAGCAUACAGUUUCAUGCGCCUCUCACACUCAUCGUCGGCACCAACGGUUCUGGAAAGACUACCAUCAUCGAGUGCCUCAAGUAUGUCACUACCGGAGAGCUGCCGCCAAAUGCAGCAAAAGGCGCAUCAUUCGUGCACGACCCCAGCAUGGCCGGCGAGAAAGAAGUCCUUGCCCAGGUCAAAGUAUCCUUCACCUCCACGGGAGGUGCUCGCAUGGUGUGCACUCGGAACCUGCAACUGACAGUCAAGAAAGCUACUCGAACUGUGAAGACUCUGGAGGGAAGUAUCAAGAUGGUCAAGGAUGGCGAGAAGAAUACCAUGAGCUCACGUGUAACGGAGAUGAAUACCCUCAUGCCUCGCUCUCUCGGUGUCUCGAAGGCUAUCUUGGAAAAUGUCAUCUUCUGCCAUCAAGAAGACUCUCUUUGGCCGCUGGCGGCACCCAAGGACCUCAAGGAGAAGUUCGAUCAAAUCUUCGAGGCACUCAAAUACACCAAGGCUAUCGAGAACAUCAAGAUCCUGCAGAAGAACCAGAGAGUCGAGCUUGGCAAACUUGAGAUAGAAGAGAAAUCAGCCGCGAAAGAUCAAGAGCGGGCCAGAGAACUCAAAGCGAAUCGCCAGAAACUGACGGUUCGAGCGCAGCAGCUCGAGACGCAGAGAGAUGACUUUGGUAGACAGAUGCAGGAGGCGUCGAGGCAAGCCACCGAGAUAUGGAAAAAGGUUGGAGACGCCGAGAAGAUCGUGGGCGAACUCAAUGGCAAGCGCAUCGCGCGCGACACCAAACAGGAGAGCGUGGAGAGCCUGCAAAGUACCAUGGAGAUGUUGACAGGUACUGACGCUGAGCUUCAAGCCAUGCUCGAUCAGCAUGAGGAACGCAUCGAGAUGUACAAGACCGAACUUGCAGAAGAGAAAGCCGACUAUCAAGCGCUUGCCGCAGAGCUGAAAGAGGCGCGCGUUCAAGCAAGCGCCAAGGAACGCGAGGCCGGAUCUUACGAGGCGCAAAAGCAGAACUUUGAUCAUCAGGUCGAGAACCGGAAGCGACUCGUGCAAGAGACCGCUCGGAGUCACGACAUUCGUGGCUACGACUACGAGCUCGAUGAUGCUCAAGUCAAGGCUUUCAUGGAACAGAUCUCACGAAAGGCUCGCGAUCAACAGGCUGAAUUUGAGCGUGCUCGGACCGAAGCGCAAGAAAAGCUGAAGCAGCAGCAGAGUGUGCUCACUGGCAUUAACGAAAAGUCGUCUGCGAAACGCCAAAGCAAGGAGACUGCCAAAACCACAAUCGCGACUUAUGACAGGAAAGUCAGAACUCUCCAAGCUGAGCAGAACAAGUUGUCUCUCGACGAAGGAGGUAAAACCACGCUGGAAUCACAGCUGAAGAGUCUCCAGGAUCAACUGAGCAACGCCAAAGGUGAGAUGAACAGCUCUGACUGGAACGCGAUCAUAGAGACUGCUGAAGCGGAGCUCCGUCGGCUUGAAGAUCGCAAGGACAAGCUGGAUGCUGAGUGUGCCGAAGCUGCUCGCCGUGCAGGUGAUUCUGCUCAGCUCGACUAUGUGCAGAAGGAACUCAACGACCGCCAACGCAGCUUAGAUUCCAUGCAGAAGUCUAACGGCAACAGAAUUGCCAAGGUGCUGGGCGACAACUGGAGAGCUUCGUCACUGGAUCAAGACUACGAGCGAGCACUCACCCACAGCACUGCAGAAGUUGCUGAAGCGGAGCGUCAGAGGAACGGCACCGAGCAAGGGCAACACUUCAUUGCUUCGAGACUGCGGGAGCGAAACGAUGCUUUGAAGGCUGCUGAGCGAGAGCAAAAGUCCGCUGAACAGACUAUUGAGAAAGCAUUAGGCUGUCGGCCUGAACGAUACCGGGAGGAGCUCAGUGGCCUGGAAGAGGAGCGCGACGCCCUCAAAUCCGGCAAGGACGGCUUCGAGGCACUCUCUUCAUACCUCAGGUCUUGCAUUAAGACUGCAGAAAGCCACAAUUUCUGCAAGACCUGUAUGCGCGAAUUUGGCAGCAAAGAUAAGAAAGGAGAACAUCAGCGCAUGAAAGCUGAAGUGGAAAAGUACCUCGAGAAGCACAGGCCAAAGGAAGACGCUGACGUCAGUUUGGACGAUACCGAAGGCAUUCUCCAGACUGCCAAAGCUGCAGGCCCAGCCUAUGAGGCCUGGGAGAAGCUCAAGCACAAGAGUAUACCAGAUCUGCGUUCAGAGAUCUCAAAGCUCGAGACGGAACGCGAUCAGCUCACGGCACGCCUCGAGCAGCAGGACAACGCUGUGGAGCUGAAGAAGAGUGCGAAGGCUGAUAUAGACGCCCUUGCUCGAACUGUCCAGAACAUGGUGAAGUAUGUGGCCGACAUUUCGAGCUUUGAGAGCCAGAUCAAGGAGCUCACUGCCAAGCAAAAAGAAGCUGGUCUGUCUCGUGGCUUGGAAGCAGUUCAGAUUGAUAUCAAGAAAGCCAACGAAGAGGCCAAAGCUGCAAAGGCGCGCCACAGUGAGGCUACGAACAGUCGCGACCGGACCAAGACCCGUAUCUCGAGCCUUGAGCUUCAGAUCAGCGAUGCCAAAGGCAAGCUCCGAGACGCUAAAUAUCAGCUGCAACAGAAGAAGUCGCUUCAGGCCCAGGAGGACGAAUACAGGAGUCUGAUUGUGGAGCAGCGAAAGCACAUUACCACGCUCGACGCUGAGCUUCAGGAUCUUGCCACCGAGCUGUCGACCGAGAAGGCAAAGUACGACGAGAUCACUCGCCGCCGUGGCGAUCAGGAUCGCAAUCUGCAAGACAAAGCCAACAAGCUUAACAAGAGUGUCAGUGAGCUGAAGUCGGCCGAUGGCGCCAUCCAAGCAUACCACGAUAAGGGUGGCGACGAACAACUUCGACGCAGUAGACGUGAAGUCGAAAGCACCAAGAAAGAGGUGACGCGCAUCGAAGAAAGUCAGAUGCAGGCGGUCUCUCGCAUCAAGCAACUCGAAACUCGAACUCGGGAUGACGAAGGCACCAAGACCAGCAUCAUCAACAAUCAGCGUUACCGGAAGGAUCUGAAAGCACUCGAUACGGUCCGCAGUGAAAUUUCCGAGCUGGAACAGACCAACGCGGAAGCCGACAAGAAGAAGUAUGAGCAGCAGGUCGAGAGCCAUCAGCGGCGGCGCAAUGAAGCGGCAUCGAAGCAGGCUAGUGUCACUGGUCAGCUAACGUCUAUUAACGACCAGCUUGAACAGAUCGAGAAGGACUGGCGGACGACGUACGCCAAUGCUGGCAGAGAGUUUCGCAAGGCCCAUAUCAAAGUCGAGACAACCAAAGCUGCCAUUGAAGACCUUGGCAGGUAUGCCGGGGCGCUCGACAAGGCUAUCAUGAAGUACCACUCUCUCAAGAUGGACGCCAUCAACGCCAUCAUUGGCGACCUGUGGCGGAGAACAUAUCAGGGCACGGACGUUGACACGAUCCUCAUCCGCAGCGAGAGUGAGACGGUCAAAGCCAACAAGAGCUACAACUACCGCGUCUGCAUGAUGAAGCAGGAUGUCGAGAUGGACAUGCGAGGUCGCUGCUCCGCUGGGCAGAAGGUUCUGGCAUCCAUCAUUAUUCGUCUGGCGUUGGCAGACUGCUUUGGUGUCAACUGCGGCAUGAUCGCACUUGAUGAGCCCACGACCAACCUCGACCAGGAGAACAUUGAGGCGCUUGCUCGUAGUCUGGCUGACAUCAUCCAGGUGCGCCGAACGCAGAGCAACUUCCAGCUCAUCGUCAUCACUCACGAUGAGACGUUCUUGAAGGCGAUGAGCAGCUCUGAGUACACAGAUGACUACUUCCGUGUGUCCCGCGGGCCGGAGCAAGAGAGCUGUAUUGACAAGCAGAGCAUUGCCAACUUGUGA